AUGUCCGUCGUCUCUCUGCUUGGGGUUAAAAUCCUCAACAACCCUGCCACUUUCACUGCAUCAUACCAAUUUGAAAUUACUUUCGAGUGCUUGGAACAAUUGCAAAAAGAUCUCGAGUGGAAGUUGACCUAUGUCGGAUCCGCCACCUCAUCGGAGUAUGACCAAGAACUUGACUCCCUUCUCGUUGGCCCCAUCCCGGUCGGAACAAACAAGUUCAUCUUCGAGGCCGAUGCCCCCGAUCUGAAGCGCAUCCCUCCCUCUGAGAUUCUCGGUGUCACUGUUAUCCUCUUGACUUGCAGCUACGAUGGCCGCGAGUUCGUUCGUGUCGGUUACUAUGUCAACAAUGAGUACGACUCUGAGGAGCUGAUCGCCGACCCACCGGCUAAGCCUGCCAUUGACCGUAUCCGCCGUAAUGUCCUUGCUGAGAAGCCCCGUGUGACUCGCUUCGCUAUCAAAUGGGAUUCGGACGAAUCUGCCCCCGCACAGUACCCACCUGACCAACCCGAGGCUGAUAACCUUGAGGACGACAGCAAUGCCUACGGUCAAGAAGAAGCCGAGCUGGAAGCUGCUCUUGUCAAGGAACUCGAGGAGGCAAACAAGCCUGACGAGGGUGAGGAUCAGGAGAUGGAAGGUGCUGAGGAAACAGUUGGCAAGGAAGAAGAGGAAGAAGAUGAGAUGUCCGAUGCUGGCAGUGAAGAUCUCGAGGAGGAGAGUGAUGAUGACGAUGAUGAGCUUGAUGAAGAAGAGGGCGGUGAAGGCGACGAGGAUGUUGAGAUGGGUGAUGACGCCGAGCAGAAGGAUGAGUCCAAGCCUGCUCACCAGCCUCAACCCGAGGUCAUGGUGCACUAG